AUGGAUGCCAUUCAACUUCGAUCACUAUCAGUAAUGGAAUCUGCCAGACUGUUUACCCAUCAGAAGAAGUCACACUUCUCCGGACCCGUCGUUGAAGCUGAGUCAGUCGAUGAUCCUCCGCUUGUUUCCGCUCAGGACAGUCAUGAUGAGCUAGAAUCAAACCUACAGGAGCUACACUUGCAGAAAAAAGAGAAGUUACCCGAACAUGAGGAAAUUCAAGAACCAGGGGAACAAGAAGAAGAGAAAAAACGGCAUUUGAAUGUUGUUUUCAUUGGGCAUGUUGAUGCUGGCAAGUCGACAACAGGAGGGCAGUUACUUCUCCUUAGUGGUCAGGUUGAUGAUCGAACUAUUCAGAAGUAUGAGAGGGAGGCAAAGGAGAAAAACCGAGAGAGCUGGUAUAUGGCUUACAUUAUGGAUACCAAUGAGGAAGAACGGAUAAAGGGAAAGACUGUGGAGGUUGGAAGAGCACAUUUUGAGACAGAAAAUACGAGAUUUACUAUUUUAGACGCUCCAGGACAUAAAAGCUAUGUGCCAAACAUGAUCAGUGGUGCAUCUCAAGCUGAUGUUGGAGUUCUAGUCAUAUCUGCACGUAAAGGUGAAUUUGAAACUGGAUAUGAGAAGGGAGGACAGACCCGUGAACAUGUUCAGCUUGCAAAAACAUUGGGUGUUUCAAAAUUGGUUGUGGUCGUCAAUAAAAUGGAUGAACCUACGGUGAAUUGGUCCAAAGAAAGAUAUGAUGAGAUUGAAUCAAAGAUGAUUCCUUUCCUCAAGUUAUCAGGUUAUAAUGCUAAGAAAGAUGUUCACUUUCUCCCAAUAUCUGGUUUGACUGGACUCAAUAUGGCAAAGAGAGUGGAUAAGAAAAUUUGUAGUUGGUGGGAUGGGCCAUGUCUUUUCGAAGUUUUGGAUUCUAUUGAAAUUCCUCUGAGAGAUCCUAAAGGACCUAUUAGGAUGCCUAUUAUCGACAAAUACAAGGACAUGGGAACUGUGUUGAUGGGAAAGAUCGAGUCUGGAUCCAUCCAUGAAGGUGAUAGCUUAUUGGUCAUGCCCAAUAAAGCACAAGUUAAAGUGCUUGCGAUAUACUGUGAUGAGAAGAAGGCGAGACGGGCUGGGCCUGGUGAAAAUGUCAGGGUGAAAGUAUCUGGAGUAGAAGAAGAAGACAUAUUGUCUGGUUUUGUGCUUUCAAGUGUGGCUGAUCCAGUUAAUGCGGUUUUUGAAUUUAAUGCUCAGCUGCAAAUUCUAGAGCUUCUUGAUAACGCAAUUUUCACUGCCGGUUACAAAGCUAUACUGCACAUCCAUUCCGUUGUUGAGGAGUCGGAGAUUGUAGAGCUCAUAGAGGAAAUUGAUGUGAAGAAGAAGAAAGAUGCUGAUCCAAAGAAAAGGAAGCCCAAGAGGAAACCUCUCUUUGUCAAGAAUGGCGCUGUUGUUGUUUGCAGAGUACAGGUAAAUAACUUGAUUUGCGUCGAGAACUUCACCAAUUUCCCACAGCUCGGGCGAUUUACUCUACGUACUGAAGGUAAAACAAUUGCAGUAGGUAAAGUUGUUGCUCUUCCACCUCCAGGGAAUGUGACGUUCGCUUCUUAAAACUAUCCGGAUAAUCUUAUCUUCGGUUGAAGAAAGUACUUGAAUCAGCAGAAGGCUACAAAUUUUCGUGUUUAAUGUUAAUAUCAUUGUUUAUCAUUUGGAUUAUUUAUGCCUCCAUAGUUUAUUUGAUAGAAGCGUGAUUAUAUCAAGAGAGUUCUGAUUUUCUUGCGAAGUAAUAUUGUAUCUGUGUGAGUGCUUGGCCUCUAUUUAAGUUGUUCUUUUAGAGUUGGGAGUGGCAUUGCCAACUGUAUUUAUGUAAUUUUAUGGAUUAUUUUUUGAAGGGGAAUUUUGGGAUCUAAAUC